AAGCGCCAUCUGGAGUUCAGUCAUGAACAAUAUAGAGAGCUCCAGAAAUAUGCAAAGGGGUUGGAAUCUUCUUCACCGCCUCGGAAUGGACCGAGGUAAGAGGUUAUUCCAUGAUUAAUGUCUAUUGAAUUAGUUUGCUGUGACUGUGUAGAUAUUCCGGAUUUCAAGCAAAAACAUGCAUGACUACCCCAACUGCUUUGCAACGCUUGUUAGAUGGCUGUGGASUUCCUGGAUGAGCUUGAUGUGCCCUUCUUCAAAGUUGCCUCAUGCGAUGCCAACAAUUUCCCCUAUCUGGAACUGACUGCAAAAAAAGGACGGCCUAUGGUGAUAUCCAGUGGGAUGCAGUCAAUGGCGACAAUGAGACGAGUCUAUCAGACGGUCAAGGAACACAAUCAGAAGUUUACCAUCCUACAGUGCACCAGUGCCUACCCAUUGGAUCCUGAGGAUGUCAACCUACGUGUCAUAGCAGAAUACCAGAAGGAAUUCCCUGAUAUUCCCAURGGAUAUUCCGGCCAUGAGAGGGGUAUCAGCAUCACCGUGGCAGCAGUGGCAAUGGGGGCAAAAGUGGUGGAGCGUCACGUGACCCUGGACAAGAGCUGGAAGGGCAACGACCACGAAGCGUCGCUGGAGCCUUCUGAGCUGACCGAGCUGGUCAGAGCCAUCCGCCUGGUGGAGCGGGCCCAAGGCACGGGCGUCAAACAGAUGCUACCCUGUGAGAAAGCCUGCCAUGACAAGCUGGGGAAGUCAGUGGUGGCUAAGGUGGUGAUACCCAAAGGCACGGUGCUGAGUAUGGAUAUGCUGGGGGUGAAGGUGGGCGAGCCGAGGGGCAUCUCUCCUGAAGACAUGGGUCAGCUGCUGGGCAAGGCCYUCACAGAGGACGUGGAGGAGGAUGGGAGCAUCACGCCACGUAUGGUGGACGGCUACAACAACAAGGGCUGAGCCAACCAGGGGUGCGUUCGUUCAGCAGGACACAACGUUGUGGAACGUUCAGAUAGAAAGAUGCUAUGUAAAACAAACAUGUCAAUAUGCUGACUAGACAGGUGUUAUGAUAUUGAUGGUAUGCCAGGACUGAUCGUCUGUUUACAUGUCACCAUUGUGGCUAGAUGGAGUAGACCUACAUCUUCAUCUAGUGGUCGUGUCAGGGACAACAGUUGUUGACAACGUUAGUGUUGUAGCAACGUCUUACUUUAAUCCUUUUCCUCACUUUAACCUCAGUCUCCUGACCUGUUAUUUCACCUAACCUACUGUGUUGGUUCCCCUAAC